UUUCAUGACAUAUGAGUAGCAUGAUAGAUCCCUGUAUGAUAGGAAUGUACCUACUGGUUGAAUUUGUGGAUGAGGGAACAACAAGCCCGGUGGCAGCAGAGUGGUACCAUGAGGGCAUAUCAUGGUGGCCUCCAUACACAGACAAAGCCAAACUUCUAAAGAGUAUCCGAGGCAGUGAGGUCCCAAAUGUGAGCAGAGGAUGGACACAGCACCAAGCUCGUAUCCUUUACAGCUCAGAUUGUUUGGACAAGGUCGUCCAGAAAUGGAGAAUAUCCUGCGAGACCUCGGAUUUAAAUUCAGACAAUGAUUUCCCACGAAAACGAAAACCUAAAAAGCCAUUUGAAUUUAUUGAAAAGUCUCAAGCAAAAUGGCAUCCCAGCCCUCAAAAACAGAAUCUCAAAAUGAAAAAGAAAACAGUGCAUUCCCUACCACCACCACCAAUACCACCACCACCACCUGCUGACCAUCGAAAUCCUGGAACAAACAGAAGUAUGAUGUCAAAGGCCCAGUCCUAUCAGGGAAGAAUUCAGGAUGCUUGGUUCACUGAACCAACACAGCAGAUGAUGUCACAAAUCCAAUUGCUCAGUCAAGAUGGACAGUCCACCAUCACAGAACAAAUGACAGAAGACAAUCAAAGUGUUGGUUUGGAAAGCCACUGUGACAUUCUGUCAGCAGGACCAGCUAACGCACCUAGAGUCCGUCUGCCUACAGGCCGACUAGUGCCGGGUCAAUGCACACCAGCAGAGAGGGCCAUCUUAGAGAUGCUGGGGGAACUGCAGCUCCAGGUCCAGCAUCUCACUUCUGUUAUUACCCAAAGAGGCCCCUUUUUGGGUAACAGCAGCCUGAAGAUGCCACCUGCACCAGCAGAUAAAGAGGAAGAAGAUGGACUUCCACUGGAAAGCAUUCAGGCCUUGAAUGACUUUGAAGUCCAUCUUCAAAACAAGAUCUUCAAGCAAAAAUUGGUGUCAAAACUGUCACUGGUUGGGGAACAAACACUUAAAAAAACAGUGUGGCGGAUUUGUGGUGGCAAAGUGUUUGCUCCUCAACUAGCUGUGCAGUUGAACUGGUGUGGCAGAGGAGAGAAAACGGCCAUCAAAAACACACACCUGAAAGACACAAUUGUCUUAUCAGCAAUGAGAAACCCGCUGCUCCCCACUCCAAAUGAGGCUGAAGCUGAGAAGAUCAUUAAAGAGUGGCUUCGCCUUUCCAGUGACAGGCUCAGAAAAAGGCAGCGAUAGUUUUUACAUUUAUUUUAUGUUUUAUAUAUAUAUAAUAGUUUAUGUAUAUAUAAAUACUUGUAAAUAUGUUCUGUUUUUUUAAAGUUAAGGCUAAGUUAGUAGUAUGUAAGUUAUUAUAUAUUUAUAUGUGUAUGUUAAAAUAAGAAACAUUUUAUAUCAAAUGUUUUACAUAA